CACGGACCGUGGGGAAAAUUGUGCCGUGUGAUUUAACACAACAUCCGUAUUGUUUGCAGGGUGACAAGAAUGCAAGUCUGCGAAAUGGACCGUUCCUCCCGGUUGUGAGUACGUAAAUUAACGAAAAAGUGUGUCAUAGGUGGUGGAAGUCAGCGUGAUCAUACCUUGUACCAGGUUUCAAAAUCGGUUCCUUACAAAAUCUACCCACCGACACACCGGAAACAGACAUCGGAUUGUGCAGUGUCCAGUGUGAAUACGGUGCAGGACACCCUGCCCGUCGAAAGUGUAGUUGCUUGUGCAUCGUGUGAGUCAAAUUCGGGUGAAAGUUGCAGUUCAAAUGCAUUUCAGUGCGUGAGCAUUGUCGCACCGUAAAAUAAAAGAAAACAACACAGCAACGGUUGCCGUGGCGGGAGCAACAAGCGUGCCGACACGGUGACAUGUGAAGGUGACCAAGGAUAGGAUAGGGAAGAAAAGUCGAGGGUAAAGAACGCCCUACGGUGGCCGCACGGAACGGCAGUGGCGUGUGUAAUUGUCGGUGUGUCCUUAUGGUGGCCGGUGGUUGAUAAGAAAAUCUGUGAACCAAAAAGCGGUCAACGUUGACCAGACGACGUGCAAAAGCGUCUACUUUGUAGGAACGACAUAUAGGGAGGCCAGUUCGUGCACGGACGGAACGAACCGACCGCGCGACCAACCGAAACCGCCCCUUCCUUGGUAUUAGUCAGUGUGGCCAUACGACAUUCAUCCAUCGUCGUCGUGAUGGCGGCCCCCCGACGAUGCUGGUAACCGCGGAAACCGAAGCGAACGAAACGGUUGCCCGUACGCUGUGGCUUCUUGUGCCCGUUGUUUCUUUCUCCGGUACCCCGGGUUGUCCCCCUUGCGAGGGCCUGCCUGCUGUCGCGGCGUAAUUCCGUUCCGUGCCCGUGGCCACAACGGCAACAAACACGCACCCAUACAAUCAAAACAGUGCUUUUAGGGAGUCAGGAAGGGAAGCGGUGAGGAGGAGAACGGCCACGAACGCGCCGCAUUGCCGCCGGUUCAGUUAGGGUGUGCUUGGCGUAAGAAGCACAGGGUAGAAGGCACGGCAAAGCAGCAGCAAGCGCGACCGGCAGCGCCAGGGUGCCUCCGCGGUCGACGACGACGACGACGACGGCGACGGCGACCGCGUGUGCCCGAGAAGGAAGGAGCGUCCGACAGAGCGAGCCCGAGCUGUGUGUACGUGUGGGACACAGGGUGUUGUUGGAACGGGGUGGCAGACGCAGUGGCCUGCUGUGGCCUUCGGUUCUCUCGCUUACGUUCGCUCGCCGUUCGUCGAGGCCAUCAUCCAACCAUCCAUCGUCGAGUGAGCGUGCGAGAGACGGGCGGCGGUGGUACACGGGUGCUCCGUGAUUCCCCCUCGCGCUUCGGUGCCCCGAGCGUCCUCUUCCGCGUGUGUCCGGGCCCGCCCAACCAUCCCUCGCAGCCCGACCCGACUCGACCAACGGGUUGAAGCAGCGCCAAGAAGGUACAGCGGUACAGCGAAAGAGCGCCCCGACACUGACCUGCUGCUGUGUGCGUGCACGGGCGCCCCGCGUUUAUCGCUUGCGCCGCGCGCGGGUCGGCGGGUUUGUUAUUUUUUUUACCUUUUUUCUUUUUGCCCGCUUUGCGCUGCUCUCUUUCCGACCGCUCUCCGGCGACGGCCAGGCCGUGGCGGCUGCGGUGGCCAAUCGCAACGACGGCCCGGGGGUGGCGACGAUGACAAUCCACGCAAACGGCGACGACGGCGGCGACCACGGCUACGGCACAGCACCGUUCGAACGGGCGAAUUAUUUAUCGUCGAGCCAUCGCUGAGUCCGACAGCCUUUCCGUGGCGGAGCCGGUUGGGAUGUUGUAGACGCCACCAGAAAGGUGGCCCAAUUGUGUGUACCGCGUACGGCGUGCGUGUCCUACCAAAAAAAAAAAACGGUCGAUGUGUGGUGAUAGUGAAAGUGAAAAACGGUUGCGUAAAAGAGAGCGUCGCGGGAGGACAGAUCUUGAAUGCGUGUUUCACCUGCGAGCAUUACACACCCUGUGCAAACAUUGUCGGAACUGUAGCCCCGUUGGGCGUGUACCGUAACUUCCUGCGGGAUACAUUCUAAGCUAAACUAAACAAACGAUACGAUGGAGGAAGAAAGUACAAAACGUUCUCCUUCGCCGUCCGACGGCGACGUCAAGCAGGAACGCGAACGUUCCCUAUCUCCUGCACAGCAAACGGAGUCGCAGGAACCGCAGGAGCGCACAAACGACGAAGAAUCUACGCGCGAGUCAUCACCGCAAGCGGACAGGAAGGAUGGUGCGAGUUCACCACCCGCGCCCACAGACGACCGCUCGUCACCGCUGACCCAACAGUCAUCGCCCGCGCCAAACGAUAGGGCCUCCGAGGAGCGGGAAGCGGUUGGCAGCCGACGGAGUUCCACUGAGAAACUGCCGGAAGAGGAGGCACCGAGUGUGGAAGACGGUGAGACUGGUGAGGUGAAGUCGCCGAGGGAAACGAUGUCGGAUGCUGCGGACGCACCAACGUUAGCCGACUCGUUGGAGCCAGAGGUUAAGGAAAAGGAAGAAGCAGUAGAAGAAGAAGAAGAAGAAGAAUUAAAUAAACCGGCAUCGUUGCGAGACGAGGCGGACGAAGCGAGGCAAGUUGCAUCGCCGGCAGCAACACCGCUGCCAGCACGAUCGCCAUCGGCAGCACCGUCAACAACGGAGCCAGCGGAAGAGGUAACCAAGGCAACGAGUGGUACGAAAAAAGACGUCGAUGAUGUGACGUUGGCGGCGGCAGAGUCUACUGAGUCGUGUGCUGCCGGUAAGGCUGAUGACGGCGAACAGAAGGUAGCAGCUGUCGUGAUCGACGAGCCCAGCCAUUCACCGGCAGCGCAGGAGCAAAGUAGACGUAGCCGAAACAAUCGCUCGAACAGCAGUAGCUCGAGUGGCAGCAGCAAAAGUAGCAGCAGCAGUGAUAGUUCCAGUGCGGGAAGCGGCCACCGCAGCAGUAACGUGGACAGUGCCGGUGACGGGGGUAGUUUGCCGAAAAAAGUGAAACUGGAACCAGUGGAGCAGCGGCGCGAAGAGGAAAACGAAGCGAACGAGGAGCGGAACGAGCGGAUCGAGAAGCUUCGCGAUCCAGACGGCUCGUCCAGUGGAGAACCGUCGAUCUUAAAGUCGAGGAUGAAGCAGCAACAAACGGCGGAACGUCCCGCAGCGGCGAAACCUCCUUCCCAGACGCCACCAUCAGGUGAACAAUCGUCGCUACGGUCGUCACUGAACAGCGAGGGUUCGGUAUCGUCCCGUACUGUCGGUGACUUGGCAGAAGAGGAACCGCGGGGCGUCGUGACGGGUGAAAAGGGUGAACAAAGUGGAACGCCUUCGCUUGCACCGCCCGCACCAUCAUCCUCCUCGGUGGUCUCCUCUCGGGCGUGCUCUCCGUCCUUGGCGUCUUCCUCCGCCCAGUCGACGCCGACGAAAGAGAAGGAACCAACCGCAGCCGCGGUGGCUAGAGGCGCGAAAGUACCGGAGGUGAAGCUGGCGAAGGGAAGUGCGACGGUCGUGCCGGUGGUGGUGGAGAAACCGGACAGCGCACGGCUAACGGCCGACCUGCAGAGCUGCAAGCGACAGCUGGCCGAGGUCCGCUCGAAGUACGACGUGACGCGCAAGGAGCUGCACGCGACGAAGCGCAAGCUGAAACGAAUGACGGUCCGAUUGAACGGGAUGGCGGCUAACGCGUCCACCGUCGGUUCCGGUGCGAACUCGCCGCACGUCCCCGCCAUCGCCAUCGCCCCCGCGCCCGCCGAAGAGGAUCGCAAUCGGAAGUGGCGCGAGCCGAUGAUACUGUCGGCGAUGAAGAUUAAGGCCGCGAUGGGCAUCCAGGCGUACAAGUCGCUCAUCAAGGACGGGGAGCUGCUGUUGCCCAGCUUGCGGACCAUCACACGCUACCUAGAGUCGCUCCGGAAGGCUGGCGGAGCAAACGGUGUAGCGGCAGCGAUCGCCGGUGCAAUGGUCGGUGCAGUUCCGGGUGGCGCUGGAAAGACCACCAACCAGAGUGCGAUGGAAGUCGACGAAGAGGAGGAAGAGGACGAAGAGGAGGACGAUGUGAUGGUGGCACCGGCACCGGCGGCAGAGUUGUUCGACCGGUCGGGACACGCUAGGAAGAAACAUGCAGCCAAAGCCGGGGGAGAGGGCGUGCGCCGGACGGUGGACCACAAUCGAAACGAGCAGCAGCAACGGCACGGCCAUGGUGGUGUCGCCAUGCGAAAUUCCUCCGGUCAGUACCGCCCGUCUCAACACCAUACGCCGGAAGUGCACCUACAGGACAUCAAGACCGAACAGGAUCCCGUUAGCUUUACCGCGUCUCCGGAUAUCAAUUACUACCAGCACAACGCGAACGAUGACGAGGACGACGAUGAGGAUGGCUACCAGGAUCCGACCUCGCUGCUCGAGCAGAGCCGCUACGAUGGCGACGGUGGAAUACGGAUGAACGGCGACGAUGCCGGCUACCAUCACCAGCAACAGUACGCCGCGCAGCAGCCCAACCAGCAGCAGACCCUGUCGCAGGCCCAGAUUGAGUUCCUCAAGUCGAUGGUAGGCUUCCGGAAGAAAUGGACUCCGUACGAGCUGCGUACGUGCAACGAAAUCCGCCACAUCAUCGGCAGCCGGGAGUACGAUUCGCUGCGCAAGAACGACGGUAUGCCAUUGCCGAGCGUCAAAACGCUGCGCAAGUAUCGGAAUGCCGAACCGGUGCCGGAGGAGGUGGAGGUGGUCGGCCGGAAGCGUAAACACCACGAGAUGCUGGCGGAAGAGAGCGGUAGUGCGGGUGCUGGUGGCGGUGUUGGCGGUGGUGUCCCACCGGUGCCGGGUGCUGGUGGACAGCAUAAGGCGGCAGAAGCGUACGGUGCGGGUCGUCUGUUCCUCUUCGGUAACGAUGCGGAGAAAGCAAUGAUGAAGGCCGAACAUGACUCGGAGGACGGACACUUUGACGUCGGUGUGUUGACGAUGGCGCAGAUCAGCUUCCUGCAGACGCUCACGUUGAACACCAAAGGUUUCUCCGACUACGAGUUGCAGCGAUCGUUAGAGUUGAAGAACGAGCUUGGCAGCAAAAACUAUGAAACUCUGCGGAAGCAGGAAUUUCUGAACAUUCCCACCCUGGUGAUGCUGACGCGCUACGAGCAGGAUAACGGGCUGGAGGACUUGUCGCGCAUGGCCGGAGCGACGGUGGCCGUGGACGACGACGACGAGCCGGAUGGUCGGGGUGACGCGGGAUCGGGGGAGUUGGUAAACAAAGUUGGUCAACGGAACAUGGUGGAUGACGAGGAGCACAACCUGGAGUUGCUACAACAAAAGCGACAGCAGGAGGAGCAGCUCGAAGAGGAGCAGCGUGCUCGUGAGCAGCAACAGCAAGAGCAACAGCAGCAGCUGGAACUGUAUAACCGUUUAACACAGGCCGAUCUUACCCGUCACCCGCUGUUUGAUAGCAUCGCCGGUGAUUCCUCGCCAGGCGAUGGUUCCGACCAGGCGGCUACAGCGGCCGCAAUGGCAGUGGCAAUGGCGGCGGCCGCUGCCGGCAUUCAUUCGUCGUACGAUCUGAACGGAACCGCCGGAGACGACUCGUCGCUCGGCAUCUUCGAGAACCAUUCGAUCUUCGACAAGGACUCACCUACGUUCGAUAUGAGCAAGCUGUCGCCGGCACAUGUCGAGUUUCUCAACACACUGCCCGAGAACCCGAAGCGGUGGACGCAGGAGAUGAUCAAUUCGGCUUUGGACAUCAAGAACGAGAUUGGCACGCGCGACUACGAGAUCCUGCGGAGGCAGGGUAUCCCACUGCCCGCAGCCCGUACGCUACGUCGUCACAAGGAUAUUCGCAACAAGGCCGAUCGGGCAGUGAGCGAACCAGGCGAGAUCUUACCAGCCAGUGGAGCGACAGCCGGUGUCGUAGGCAGUGGUUAGAGUCAGGACUUCCGGUGUCAGGUGUCUCACUCGACACAAUACGUAUUUUAAGAAUCGUCCCCUGUCUCAAUUCUUUUCGGAAAUGAAACAUCCCGUUCAGUCGUGAAGAAAACGGAAACGCGUAACGUACCUGUGCCAGACUUUUUGUUUUGUUUUGUUUUAAUUUACUCAUAACAAAUCGAAUGUAAGAGCCGAGAAAAUUAGUGAAGAACUGAAGAAGGGAAGUUAGAUAGAUGAAAUUGAAGUGCGGCCCUCCUCCCAUCUCUGAUUGGUGCUCUAUUGGCCUGACGGGACGCCAAUGCUGUUGUGAUUCGUAGUUGGCAGACGUAUGUGGUUAAGAGAGAGAGAGAAAAAGAGCAAACAGAGGGGAUAGUUUUAGCAUAUCAAACCAUUCUGAAAGGAUUACCCCUUUUGCCACGUGAUUUAGUUACUUAAACCUUGAGCGACUCAGCAUCGAAUGAUGGAAAAGAAAACAACCAUACCAGAGACACAACCCUGAACGCAGUCCCAGUACUUCCUUCCACUCUUCUCGAACUAUUUUUGCAUUGGUAGAGAUUAUAGUCGUUCAUAGCAAUUGCGCCAACGAAAGAAGAGACCAUUUUUUUGUGUAAUAGCUCUAAAUGUAUAACUGUGCGAAUGUGAACUGAGAAAAUAUUCCUAACUCGCGUAAAAAUGUCAGGAUAGGAAAAGAAAAUGGGAUCGGUUUAACGAACCCACACCUCGUAACGGGGGUCAACGCAAACGGUGACGGUGGAUCUUCUCUCUGUUCUCGUUGCGGAAUAGAUGUAAAUAUCUAGCUAAAUGAUAAAAUGUAACGCACAUGUAUACAACAAGCGAACAUGGGAAUGCAAUGGGAAAUGGCUGGAAGGUCGAGGAGAGAUUUUUGGAACGAAUGCUCAGCUAGCAAUUUUAUCGAUAGUCAACCGGUCAACCGUAUGACAAUGUACGACCAGUUCCAAACGAUGCCAACUAAUCAACCAGUGCGUGUGUGUUAGUAUGCGAUAUGGGUCGAUGUUACGCUCGUAAGAAGAUUUUAUCUCUAAGUGUUUUUAAAAUAGAUUUAAAUGGUCUCCGGUUCGGUCGCAUGUGACGAAGGAUUCCGGUUGGAGUAGUACGUGUACAUAUUUAUGCUGAAACCAUAUAGAUGUAGUUGAAUAUUUUUUCUUAGUAACAGAAUACGUAUGGAACAGUUUCAUAACACUUUUCGAAACUAAGCUAUGAAAUAAAGCGUAAACGGCAUUGCGCGGAUACAAAAAGAAAA